GGUCUACUACGACAUUGUACCAACCACGUUGACCUUAUCAUUCCAUAGUUCCAUACGAUAAGCGUGUUCAUUUAGGUCCUUUGAAAUAAUUCAUUUGCAAAUAAUUUUCACUUCUACCCUUAAGUGUUCAUAGAGCUGUGAUCUUUCUUAUCGUGAUAACCAUGCCUGAUUCAUUUUCGUGCAUCACCUGCCAAGUGUUGUUCAAAAGCCCAGAAUUACAGCGGGAGCAUUACAAGUCCGACUGGCACCGAUAUAAUUUGAAGAGGAAGGUUGCCACGAUUCCCUCUGUAACGUUGGAAGAGUUCGAAACGCGAGUGAAGGAACACAGGGAGCAAGCGCAGGACGAGAAACGUGAUGAUUCACAUUAUUGCAAGUGUUGCUCAAAGUUAUUCAAUACGACUAACGCCUACAACAACCACCUGAACAGCAAGAAGCACAAGUUAGCGCAAGAGAAAGCUAAGGACGUGUCUGACCACAGUAACCACUCUGACACCGAUAGUUUCGUAAAGGUAGACGCGCCGGAAGCUGCAGCGGCAGCUGUCUCACUUAAAAGCUCUGAUGACAGGCUUAAGUUUACACUUGUCAAUACCCAUGGGUCCGGAGACGAAGAUGCCGAAACAGCGUCAGAAAUAGAGGAGCUUGAUUCUGAUGAGUGGGAUGAAUGCCGCAUUAAAGGUAGUGAUUCACUCAUCAAGCCACAAGAUUGUCUGUUUUGCUCUCACCACAGCAAGAGCAUGGUGAAGAAUUUAAAACACAUGUCUGAGGCACAUUCAUUCUUCAUUCCCGAUGUGGAGUACUGUGUUGAUGUCAGAGGUCUACUUCUGUACUUAGGAGAGAAGAUCUCUCAAGGAUAUAUGUGCCUUUGGUGUAAUGAGACUGGUCGUACAUUCUACUCGAUGGAAGCUGCCCGUGGACAUAUGGUGGACAAAGGCCACUGCAAGAUACUACAUGAAGGUGUGGCUUUGGCAGAAUAUGCAGACUAUUAUGAUUAUAGUGCCUCUUACCCCGAUCAGAAGGAAGAGGAUGAAGACAUGGAUGUAGAUGAGGAGGUGGAAGGCCCGUCGACACUGGAAGGUGACGAUUUCCAGUUGGUGCUACCAUCAGGUGUUACUGUUGGUCAUCGGUCACUUAUGAGGUACUACAAGCAAAACCUGACGCACAGCAGCGGGGCGCUGGUGAAAAAGUCAGACCGCAAGCUGCACCGGCUGUUGGGCGUGUACCGCGCGCUCGGCUGGGCGCCGCGCGACCAGGCGCUCGCUGCCAAGAACGCGCGCGACAUCCACUUCAUGAAGCGCGUGCAGGCCAAGUGGCAGAUGAAGCUCUCCCUCAGAAGCAACAAGUUCCAGAAACAUUACCGCGCGCAAGUCAACUUCUAACCUGCCCCACUAUUACCG